AUGGCAGAAGCAAGUCUUUUCAUCAAACACGAAUCUGACGAUCACAGCAAUCCUUUCAUGAUGUCUCACUCCGGCUACUCCAUGGGUAACCAGUAUGGAAAUCCCAACGAGGCCGUAGACCCCUCGGACUUGUCCAUGCAGCAAAGCGGCUUUAUGCCUUAUUCCUAUGGCUCGCAACAGAACAUGUCCUCCAGCUUCAACUUUGGUAACUCCGGGAUUGAUACCGAUGAACUUCUGGACUUGGAAAUCAGCGCGCCCAAUGGCCACCAGCGCAAUGACAUGAAUUACAUGCAGGACCAAUCCACAGGAGGCAUCGCCAUGAGCCACCAAAGCCAGAUGUCACAUCUUUACUCCAAUACCCCGGACAAUGCCCCAAUGGCCAGCCCUUUCGUCCAAAACAGCUUCAACUACGAACAGUUCCGGAUGAACCAACAAAACCCCCACAUGCAUGCAGGUUCCUUCGACCAGAACUACGCCAAGAGCCGCCCCGGCUUGCAGAACAUGGAUCGGACUUCCUCGGAUACCCGGAGCCCCAUGACCCCGAAGACUCCUGCCCUUGGAUCCCUGAACCUGGGUACUCCAGAGUCUGGCAGUUUCCCCGGUCAGCCAAUUCGUACAGGUGGCCUGCAACCUCGACACCAGAAGACAUUGUCGAAUCAAUGGGAUGGAACCCCGACCAGCGCACAGUCUUAUGUUGACUCACCGAUUUCCUCACCUUCUCAACAUCACCAUGCCGGAAUUUCGGAAAUCCUCAAGUCCGGCAAACAUGCUUCCUUGCCUGCCAAGGUCGAUAACCAUAUGCCCGGCAGUGCUCAAGAUCUUGAAUCACAGGAAGCCAAGCGUCGGCGUCGGCGGGCCUCUCACAACCUGGUUGAGCGCCGCCGUCGUGACAACAUCAACGAACGCAUUCAGGAUCUCUCCCACUUGGUACCGCAGCACCGACUAGAAGAUGACAAGGUCCGAAAGCAGCUCGUAAACAACAGCGCCCUUUCCAUGGCUGGUGCCGGUGGGAAUGCUGCAACCUCCCUUCUUGCUGGGGGCAAUGGACGCCGCGCCACACCCGGAAAUAUUACUAUGGGUCUCCCUAUUGAAGAGAAGGAGAAGGGUCCCAACAAAGGAGAUAUCCUGAACGGCGCUGUGAGCUGGAUGCGCGAUCUCAUGUGGGCUUUGAACGUCAAAUACCAGCAGGAAGCUGAACUCGCCGAGAUGAUUAGCAGCCUUGGUGGCACUUGGCCAUUUGAACCCACCGAGGAAGAGAAGCGCAUGCGCACUGAGAUCCUCGAUGCCUUGGAGAACAACGACCCCACUUCCUUUAGCUACACACGAGGUCCCGGCAGCGGCCUACGGGUUCCGAAGCAUACCAACCUCGCCGGUGAUGCUAUGCAGGGUGGUGAUGGACUCACUCCUCCUAAUUUGAGUCCCUCCUACCACAGCGGUGCCAGCAGCACCAACGGCCAAACUCAGUACUGGGGCACUUCUGGCCAUGCUGGAAUGAGCUUCAAGGAAGAGGAUGAAUAUGGAAUGGAGAUGAAUUGA